CCGAGGCGCGAUGCGUUUUGACAUGUCACGCGCGCCCGCUAAAAAAAAAAACAACCGUCAGUGACUCAACCCACGAGCUGCGCGCGCUUAAUCCAGCGGUCCGUUGGAUUGGGCGGGAAGAAUCGAGUGAGGAAACACGGGAUUGGGUGGAUUGAAGAGUCAAACUGAUGAUGUGACUCAGAUGAGGAGAAGAAUCCACAUCACUUCACUUUACCUCAGCUGAGGAGUUUCUGUUCGGCGAUCACGGAAAAAAGACGUUUUUCCUGUCCACAUUAUUGACCUAAUUGGAAUUAAUAACAGGUUUGGACAAAUAGCUCCGCCAAAAGGAAGAUUAUUAAAGAACAUUGUACUAUUUCACGAUGGCUUUCAUGGUAAAACACGUCGUCGGAGGCCAGCUGAAGAAUCUGACAGGAGGUCUGACAGAAGAGAAACCUGAAGGAGAGAAAUCCGAAGCGGCUGCUAAAGGAAUGACACAAGAAGAGUUUGAAGAGUACCAACAACAGCUAGAGGAGGAAAAGCAAGAGCGAGACACCAAUUUUGCCCAGAAGAAGGCGGAGAGGGCGACUAUCAGGACUCACUUCAGAGACAAGUACAGGUUGCCCAAGAACGAGUUGGACGAGACUCAGAUCCAGGCUGCGCGGGAUGACGUUGAGCUCCCCACUGAAUUGGCCAAGAUGAUCGCCGAAGACAACCAGGAGGAGGAGCAGAAGCAGUCGGUCCUGGGUCAGCUGACCAACAUCCAGAACGUGGACAUGGGCCAUCUGAAGGGCAAAGCUCAGGCCACGCUGGAGGACCUGAAGAACUCUGCCGAGAAGUGCUGCGUCAUGUGAUCAUCCUCUCCUCGUCUCCAAACACAUGCUGACAAACAUCCGUAUUCAUAUAUCCAGUGUGACGUGUAGGUUUCAUGAUGCUAAUGUUGUUCUAGGAGUUUAAAUGUCAUCAAAUGUACACACCCUGCUCGGAGAAUCUCACGGAAAACAUGCUCAGGUCGCAUUUCACCUCACGGGAAAGGUAUAUUUUGCAUAAAUUAUGUUCUCAUGAAAGUAACGUCGCAAUGCAAAUGACGUGCAAGUAUAAUUUCUUGACUUUGUGG